AUGGCAACACACAACUCCCAACCAGGCGGGCCUCUACAGGCUGCUCUACUGAAGACAACUACUGCAGCCUCUACUAGGGCUACCGAAGGCCAGAAGAUAUUCAAUCCAAUAGCAGCCUUUCUUGACAAAUACCGGAGCCUGCCAGGCCUUGCGCCUCAUCAGCAAAAUGCGCUUGACGCGCUCAGCAAUGACCUAGCUGAUAUAGCCCAACGACACUUCAAUGCCUAUAUCAGCGGUAUUCCUUUGACCUUGACUGCGAACCCCCCUGCCCCUGCCCCUGCCCCUGUUCCCCUUCCCCCUUCUCCCCCUCCUUCUCGUCCCCCCUCCGGUCUUGCUCAAUCGACGUACGCAACAGUCACUCAAACAACUAAUGCUAAAGGUCCUACCGCAUCCCAGCCUAGGGCCAAGCAAAAGACUAUAAUUCCUGCCCUAAACCAGCAGCCCGAUUCACGCCUCUUUGUACGCCUCCCGCCGAACCAUCUUGCCAAAAAUAUGGACGCAUACGCUAUCUACACUAGCCUCCGUUCCCACCUAGGUGCCAAUAACAAGGCCCUCAAGGGCGUCCAGUCUAUUAAGACAGGAUUUGCCCUCCUGCCUUUAUCUCCCGAAGCUCUGGCAGCCCUAGAGGCACAGAAAGAAGCUAUUUCUACCUUCUUUACUACUUGCCAGAUCGAGCGAAGCUCCCGAUGGAUCUCGUACCGCGUAACAAAUAUACCAAGAAAGGUCGGCCAGCUCAAUGCAAGUCAAUACUCUAUGGUCCCUGUUAACCCGGAGAUACUAUCAGCUGAAGUAGCUGAAGCUACUGGUCUUACUCCAGCCAGUGUAACUGAAACUGCUGCUAGUAUCUCGGGUACAAACACAAUCUCUUCAAGCUGGUUUAUUAACUUCUCUGAAGAAAGCAAAGUCAAACUACCUCCUCUCAUACCUGUCCUCCAAGAUGUCUACAUUGCCAUGGCCCUCACCCAGCAGACUAUGACCAAUGCCUACUCCGGCCUAGCAAGCCAGGUUCUCGUUUUACAAAGGCCCAACAGGCUGAGACCCGAAAGACCUGCUCCGCAUUACUCUCUAAGGCAAGGACUGAGAGCAAAUGUUGCUCCCGACCUCCCGCAGCCCCUGAAACUGGAACCCCCGGGGCCUCGCAAGAUCAGGAUAUAUCUCCUUUUUCUUCAAAUCGCUGCAUGCUCAGGGCAGUCUACCCUGAUUUUAAAUAUCUAUAAUGCUCCCACUCCUGGACUCUCGAUCAGGCCCGGCAGAGCCGUUCAGGAACUCAUAAAACUCCCUGACUCCUACUUUAUUCAGCCAAUCUUAUUAGCAGGAGAUUUCAACCUACUAUACAGCAGAUGGCAGCCCUCGUUUCAGCGAGGCCCCUCUACUUCAGCCGAACUAGUAUCCGAAUGGCUCGACAGAUCCGGACUGGUAUUUAUCUCUGAGAUAGAUAUCCCUACACACAACAAAGGCAAUACUCUUGAUCUAACCUUUGCAUCCAGCACUUUGGCUCUCUCUGGAGCAAGUACUAAGAUUGCAAGCUAUUUGGAUGCUACAUCGGAUCACCGCCCUCUCCUCACUAUUCUCCCUUGGGGUCCGAGUUACCCUAAGGCCCAACAAAGGCUUAAAUUCAACACAUUAGACCUUUCCCGUUUCAGUAACCUCCUAACUCUGAACGUUAGCGACCUCCCAACUACUGCAGAAACAGAAGAAGAGCUUGACUGUCUUGCAAACGCAAUUAUUUCAGCUGUUUACAGUGCGUACGAAGCCUCAGCACUCAGAUCACGACCCCAGGGGGGAGGCCAACCUUGGUGGAAUCUAGAAUGCAAGGAAGCACUCCAGAAAUACCGCAUAGGGCUAUCUACACGAAAGGACUUUCGACGGGAAAUUCGCCGCGCCCAACAGAAAUACUGGAGAAACAAAAUCAACGCAACUACCACAAGCAAAGAAGUAUUCGAGAUGUCCAAGUGGCAUAAGACAACUGGAUCCUACCGGAGCCCACCAAUGAAGGACCCCCUGCAACCUGACUGCCCCCCAGCAGUUGAUAUACAGGAAAAACGUGAUAUCUUAGCUCGAAAUCUCCUUCAGAACUCUGCUGAAGCAGGAGAUAUACCGUCAGACACUCCUACGGUCUCAUCUAGAUCUCUACCAUUCCCAGGUGUAUCAAUGGCGCAGGCAGAAAAAGCAGUUCUGCAUGCUGGUAACACUACCCCAGGUAGUGAUGGACUUCCUACUAGUAUACUAAAGGCAGCAUGGCCCCUGAUCAAAAACAGAGUGCUUGCACUCUAUCAAAGUUGUCUAUCUACUGGUUAUCACCCUCAAUGCUUCCGCCACGCUGUUCUGGCUAUCAUCCAAAAGCCAAAUAAGACAGACUGGGCGAACCCCAGGUCGUACAGACCAAUUGCCCUCCUCUCAGUCCUAGGCAAAGGCCUUGAACGCCUGAUAGCACGGAAUAUGGCAUGGAUUGCUAUUUCUUACAAGGUUCUUGCUAGCCAGCAGUUUGGGGCCUUACCUCUCCGUUCUGCUGUUGACCUUACUACCUGCCUGCUGCAUGAUGUAGAGCAAACCCUAAAUCAGGGCAAGACAGCUUCCCUCCUAACCUUCGACAUCAAAGGAGCAUUUGACGGGGUUCUCCCUGGCAGACUGGUAUACAGAUUACGCACACAAGGUUGGCCUGAAAACCUGGUCCGCUGGGUAGCUUCCUUUAUUACAGGUCGUACAGUUCAAAUCCGACUAGACGAAGAACUAGGGCCCAAGAUCAGGAUAUUCUGUGGUCUACCACAAGGCUCGCCGAUAUCCCCUAUCCUGUUUAUGCUCUAUCUGGCCCCCCUAUUCUGGAUGGGCAAUAUAAGGGCUAGAUUCGGAUACGCAGAUAAUGGAGCUUUUCUAGUAACAUCCUUGUCCCUAGAGUCAAACGCUCAAAACAUAUGA